GCUGGCCCAGCCAGGCCCAGCCAGAUGAUAAGGCCAAGUGGGACAAGGUAUUGGGCUACCUAGAGGUGUUGAGCAAGGCCUGGAUGGAGGAGCGCCAGGCAAGUUGGAGCCAGGAUGUAGCGUUGAGUGCCAUGCGGUCCGGUUUCAGGGACUUUGCGCGCGAAAUCGUCACCCUUAUUGGGGGCGAAGUCAAACAGUUGAGGGACAAUGUAGGAAAGUUCUGUGAAGGCGCCAUUGAAGGUGCAAAAGCCAUAGCCGCUGUAGAUGGCGAGGCCAGACCCCGUAAGGAGCCUGUCAAGCUCAAGUUCCCAGACGCGUACGGGGGAAAGAAGGAGGAGAACUUUGAUAAUUGGGAGACCAGUGUCAACAGUUACAUUUAUUUACAGCAUAUCUUGAUAGAGGAACAAGUCCUCGUGGCCUUCAAGGCCCUGAAGGACGAAGCAACUAGCUUCGCCAGAAAGCUGACUAUUGCUCCUAACGAGGUGCGCGAGGUGAUUCCCGGUACCAACGGGGGUAUACAAGAGCGGCAAAACAGGAUGGGUUAUAUUGGGCAAAAGGAGAGGGGUAACACCCUGUGCCGGAGCCUGGGUACCGCGCUCGCGACGGUUGAGCUGCGCUUGAGGCAAGACUUCUUCCGAUUGUCGGUAGAAAUGGGGCCGUUUGAAGGGAAUUGGGCGGAGGAGCUGACCGAGAUGCUGAACUGCCUUAGCAUAGACAAUGUCUUUGUCCCUAGCUCUGUGCAUUGGGGGAUAGUCUACAGAAAUGUGGCAGUAGGGGAGACAUUAUUGGAAGGUGUGAAGGAAUUGUUCUACAACGAAGAGGACGACUUCAGUGACGAGGACGAAGAUGAUGAGAGGACCGCGGAGUACACGGCAAGAUUGAUCGAGGAGAUGAUGACGGGGAACGAGGAAGACCCCCGACGGGAAGAACCGCGGGACGAACGAAAGGUCGACCGAGGCGGAAAUGGGCAAGGGGGUAAGGAUAGUGACCGCGGAGGGACACCGAGCAAGAGGAGGAAGGAGAGAGAGAACUCCCCGGGGAUGGAAGCAGAGAAAGCUACGAAUCCACCAGCCAUAGAUAGCAGGGCUAGCCGCCUGCCGGCCACGCCGGCAGUAAUGCGAGGAUGUGAAGGGCUCUGGAGCCUUAGGGAAAGGGUGUUGGGAUGGUUCGACCCGGAAGAGACUGCAAAGACUAGGGAAGGACAGAGGGCCGUCAAGGAAGGGAAGAAUACCAGUACAGCGGGCGAGGCCAGUAGCUCCGAAGGCGUCCCCAGGAAGAUAGUAUCGUCUCUCAUGCGAACACUAAACAAAAACCAAGGCUACCUCGCGGACGCUAAGAAGAAGUUGACAUUUGACGGGGCAAACAUCACAGAGUUUCUAAUAGAUUACGAGAACCUGGCGGUGUUGCUGAAGUGGAGUAAAGAGGAGAAGAUGGACCACCUAGGACAGCAUGUGUCGUUGAGCCAUUGUGGCCGCGAGCCGGUCUUGGAAGGAGACCCGGGAUGUAAUGAUGAGGAAAUACCUGGCGGCGGAGAAAAUGGCAAAAGAGGCCGAUUUAGCGGCGGUUCAAAGGAAGAACUUCGCAACGCCAGCCCUAGGUUGCUCAAAGGGCUUAGACAACUGUUGACUCGGCGGCGAGUAGAGAUAGACGAAAACCACGAAUCACCGAAAGAGGAAAGGGAGGAGGAAGCUCCGCAAGAAGUCGCUAACCUUCAAAGGAGUCACGGGGAUUUGGAGGAUCUAGAGAAGGCCUUUGCGGACAUCCGCCUGAGCUUGCCGGACCGAGAAGGUGGGUACGACCAACUUCCAUUGGAUGCUCGGGACAGACCAUACACCGCAAUGCACACCCCCGUAGGCCAGUUGCAGAUGCAGGUGACCCCUAUGGGCUUUACGAACGCAGUAGCCGAAACGCAAAGGAGAAUGCUCGUCGUAGCCGGAGACAUGUUUCCAAAGAAGUGUGAACCCUACAUCGAUGACAACCCGAUCAAAGGCGCCCAAGAAAAGGACGAGACGAAAAUCCAGCCAGGAAUUCGAAGAUUUGUAUGGGACCAUCUACGGGACAUCAAGGACCUACUCCGCCGAUUCCUAGUAUACAACAUCACGGCUAGCGGACCAAAGAGUAUUCUGGCAGUACCGGAAGUGACCAUACUGGGAUUCCGCUGUGGCGCAUAUGGAAGGAAGCCGGACCCGACUAAGACCGAUAAGAUAUCGCAGUGGCCAACACCCCUGCGCACAACGACAGAGGUAAGAGCAUUCUUAGGCGUGGUCGACUUUUGGCGGAUCUUUAUCAAAAACUUUGUCAAAAUCGUUGAACCUAUCCGCGCCAUGGUCCGAGAGGAAGGAACCAUGGAUUGGACGGAGGAGCGAGAGGGAGCCAUCCAAACCCUCAAGGACAUAUUGAUGUCCGAGCUAAUCGCCUUGGCAGCGCCCUGUUUUAAAGACGAAGUGGGACGAUCGUUCAUCCUAGAGACAGACAGAGGACCCUUGGCCGUAGGAGGCGUACUGAUUCAAAGGGAUGAGGAAAGGAAAGAGAGGCCGAUUAGGUUCGAAAGUAGAACCCUGAACUCCGCAGAACGGCGGUACUCACAGUUCAAGAAGGAAGUCCUAGCCAUUUUGCAUUUCCUCAAUACCUUCCAAGCGUACCUAUUUGGGAGGCGGUUCAUCCUCAGAAUCGACCCAACGGACGAACGAAUCGCUGGACUCAGAAACAAGGUCGAUGGGCUAAGUCAGGUCUGUAUCACGCCCGAAGGGGUGGAAGACGCGUUCCUUGAAUACGAAGGAGGGACACUUGCAGUGGAUAAUGAAAUGAUGGGCGAAGGAUGCGCGUCGGGAGAACUGUUGAUUCAGACCUUGGAAAAGGGGGCUCCUGCCGUGGUAGUAGAACUUAGAGAAGGACCAGUCACCACUCGAGGACGCAAGGAGGAGAGGAUUCGUGGGGAGCGAUAGUAUAUCCUGGAUGCACGAGACAACUUGAGUGGGUUCGUCGAAGCAGUCACCCUUAAGAAAAAGACGGGGAGGAGUGUAGCUGACUGGAUAGAAGAUUUCUAUCUGAGGUAUCCCUUCAUCAGGAGGUUUAUAGCAGACAAUGGAACAAAAUUUGUGAACCAAGAAGUGUUGGGGAUGCUUAAAAGGCUCUGCGUACCGAUCAAACUCAUCGAGCCGUAUCACCCGGAGGCUAACGCACCUUUGGAAAGGGGGCACCGGACCUUAAAGAACACAAUUGUGAAGCUCGCGGCGGACAAUCUGGGGAGCUGGCCCAGGUAUCUUAAGCAGGCUAUCUUCUCGGAGAACAUGACACCUAAGAGGACGACGAGAUGUAUCCUAGCGGAACUUUGGUACGGAAGAGAGAUCAAUUUUCCCGUGGAGGCUUUGAUACCUACCGGGAACAGGUUAGAUGACGAUCCGCGUAUGACCACGAAAGAAUUAAUUGAGGCAAGAUGUCAACAAGUCCUUAGGAACGAGAAGGUCAUGGAAGACAUCGCCAAUCGGGUACUAGACAACAGAAUGAGGGACAAAGCAAGGUGGGACCAGGUUAAGAAUAACCGAAAGGAGCCACUUCAGGUGGGGGAAACGGUAUUGGUAAGAAACUCGGCACUAGAAAGCACUUGGUCCGGGCAACUGGAGAGAAGGUUCAAAGGCCCCUACCGGGUCGCCAAGGUGGUGGGACUGAACACCUUUGAGCUGGAAGAUUUGGAUGGAACUGGAUUGAAAGGACCCUUCCCAGGGCAACGGUUGGUUAGGUUUCUAAGUCGGGACCCAGUGGAAUGAUGGCUUCAGGAGGCCGAGGAUAAGGAAACUGAAGGGCUACAAGCUAAGGAUACGACCUUGCCCACACUA